AAUGAAUUACAAGAUAUCAAUAAAAUGAAAUUUCAAUAACAUAAAGGCAUUUUUAUAAAAUAUACAUAAUUAUAAAAAAAAAAAGUAAAAGCAAGCAGUAGAUAGAAUAACUCGAAUCAUGGAAGGAAAUAAAAGAAGCUAUUCCAAAGUGUUUAUUAAGCCAAGCAUUUUGAUUUUUGUUUAAUUUAUAAUUUGGGAACUCCGUUUUAUUUGAAGCAACUGUCAAAAAAAAAAAAAAGUUUAAUUUUUUACAUGUAUUAAAUAGAGAUGCUUCUUUUCAUUCAUUCUUUCUUUCUCUUUUUCUUUAUUCCUCUCUUUCUAUUGUGUACACACACACACUACAAUGGAAGAAAAACUUUACAGUUCAAAUGAAAAUGACUCUUCUACAACAUUAAAUGAUGAAGACAAUUAUUAUAAUGAUGAUACUGAUGGGUUAUCGACCUUAGAUGAUGACUGGGACACAUCAGCUACAGGAGAUGAUACGAUUGACGUACUAUCGUUAGCAUUAGAACAGGUUACUGUACAAAUUCAUGAAAUUAAGAAUGAAAUUCAAACUAAAUUAUCUUCUGAAUGGACUUCAAUAACCAAGAAUCGGCUACAGAAACAGAAGUUACAUCUUGAAGCACAAAGGGCCGUUAUUCAAGAGCGACUUCUUCGACAAUAUACUCAAAUCAAUAAUCGUAUACAUCGAGAUGCCAAGACAAUGAGAUUACGAGACAAGGUUUCAUUUGUACUUGGCGUAGGUAACACAUGGAUUACACCUGUCAUUGCUGCACGAAUCCCCAUCUAUAUUCCAAUCUAUUAUACCGUUCAAUCCUUUUAUCUUAUCACGAUUCGAUACUUUAUUUAUAGAUCUAAACGAUGGCAUUAUUUCUUUUUUGACCUGUGUUAUUAUGUUAAUCUCUUAACAUUGUUAUUUUUAUGGGCUUUCCCUUCUUCUACUUUGCUUUAUACUGCUGCCUUCACACUAACGAAUGGACCUGUGAUAUGGGCUAUUAUUACUUGGCGCAAUUCAUUAGUCUUUCAUUCACUAGAUAAAGUCACCUCUGUCUUUAUCCAUAUCUUCCCUGCUUUAGUGACCUAUACGUUACGUUGGCUACCUGUGCUGCAUCGUGAUCCCGAGAUAGCACUUGCUUAUCGGAAUCUUCAUUUUCCUGGUGCCUCUCAGAUGCCAUCCACGAUGGGAUGGUGGUACACGUUAAUCGUUUCCACAUUAUUUUAUUUAGCGUGGCAGAUCUUUUACAUUGCCGUUGUGGUUAUUGCACGAGGAGAUAAAGUCGAAAAGGGAUCCUACACUACCUCCUACUCGACCUUAUUAAAUGACAGUAGUGACAGCAACAAAAAAAAAGGGAAGAAACCAUUUAUUUUGAGAUUAGCUUGCAUGUUUGGUGAAAGAUACAAGUUACCUAUGCUUAUCUUUUGGCAGUUUUGGUAUACUCUAGGAACAUGUGCGCUUACUUAUUUCUAUUACAAGUCAUUUUGGCUUCAUUCAUUUUGUUUGGUUACCAUGUUUGGUGUAAGCGUUUGGAAUGGAGCGAGUUACUAUAUAGAUGUAUUCUCGAAGCGUUAUUUGACUGAAGUAGAGAAUCAAUUAGCUGCAUUCAAAGAGAAAAACCUGCAACCAUUAAAUCAAGUUAAUAUGUCUGUUGGGCAACAAAUGAAUAAUACAAUGAAAAAAAUUCAAUAGAGAAGAAAAGAUAGAUAUACAUUUAUAAGUAUUCAACCUACCAUCGUCAUGUGCUU